AUGAUUACGAACCAAAUUGGUACGGUUAUCUUAGGUAUAGCUCUGCUCUUAUCCUUACGGGAUAUCUAUGGACAUUCCAAAGAUGAAUAUGACGACGAUGAAGUGUUUAAAAAGGAAUUUGGUGAUGAGAAAAUGGACGAAAAAUUAGAGGAUGCGGACUACAUUCGAGUUAGGCAAGAAUCAGCUCAAUUCAGUGUACCGCCACAUACUACUAGGAAACUUCCUAGCAUGAAGUUUUUGUUUUGUGUUUCAUGUGGUUAUCGGCAAGCAUUUGAUGAAUUUUCUCGUUACAUACAUGAGAAGUAUCCGUCAAUGAAAAUUGAUGGCGCUAAUUAUUCACCUAAAGCAUGGAAAAACGUUUUGGCGCAGAUUAUUGGGUUAGGGAAGAUAGUGCUCAUUGUAUUGAUUGUAAUGGGGCAGGAUCCAUUUGCAUCGAUUGGACAGCCAACACCACGCAUUUUCUCAUGGGCCUUGAACAACAAAGUGUCAUCUUGCAUGAUGUUGUUUCUUCUAUCUAACACUAUUGAAAGCUCUCUUAUGUCGACAGGAGCGUUCGAGAUUUACUUGGGCGAUGAACAAAUAUGGUCAAAACUUGAAAGUGGACGAGUGCCAUCACCAUCAGAACUGGUUCAGAUUGUUGACCAGCAAAUGGAACUGCAAGGUGUAAGGGCUUCCGAUACAUUUACAUUCGACUCAUCCUGA